CACAAAAUUAAAUUCAAUUCCGCGCAACUUUUGAACUUUAAAAUCUUCAUUGUAUCGUUCACAGUCUUCACAGUCUUUGCAGUCUUCGCAGUCUACGUAGUCUUCAGGUAUUGGGGAAACCGGCGUGAAUGUGGCAUUAAAAGUAAUCACUGCGCUGCAUAACAAAACGCAAGUCUGCAUUACUUUGAAGACAGAAAACAACAACAACUACAGCAAAGAUAUAUACAAUAACAGCAGCAGCAACAACAACAACGUCUGCAACAAAUAACAAUAAUAUAUGUAUAAUAGUAAUAAUAAUAAAAACGAUUACCAAAUUUUAUCAAUCAACUAUAUUGCACCCUCAGUUCUGUCAGCGGUCGCGCUUUACAUUCAUACGAAAAUCGGCGAGAAAGACACAGAUUGGUGCAUCACAAGCGGACGGACGUUACUUCUCACAGUUGCAAUAUGCACCGUAUUGUUAUAUAAUCGAUUACACAGUUAGCUGGUUAUAUUUGAUGAGACUAUAAAUUUAUAGAAACUGCAACAGACAACUAUCAUGCAAUGAUCAAGUGCAUUAUUGGUGGGCGGGUUGCAGAUAUACAACACUAAUAAUCACUUCAAUUAUGGAAGAUCGCACCGGAGAAAACAAACCAACAGCGGUUGAACAACAACAGCCACAACAACAAAAUGAUACUCUUAAUUAUAAAGGACGUCCUAUUUCCUUAAGAAGACAGCCAACCAAAUAUCCACACGGGUUUGGUAUAAGCAUACAAACAACAACUGGUAAUGACAGAGAAGAGAUGAAAAAUAGCAUGCCCUCUGAACUGCUGAACUGGACCCACUCCAAUGCACAUCAGGAAGUUGAGAAAACGUUAGAUAAUGUACAGCAGCAAAAGUACAAAAUAAGUGUGAUUAGCAACUGCGAAGAUGUACCUGAUCUACAAGUGCGACGCUGCAAGUACUCAUUGACCGGCAACUAUUGUCUAAACGACUUGGAGCACAGCACAAAGUCAGCAAUGCUUCUCAGGGAGUACACGCAGCGCUUUUGGAAUUGGAAAUUUUUACGUUGGCCUGUUAUGAUUAUUGUUAGUGCCUUAUUGUUCUUCGGCGUGAUCGCAUACUGCGUUUGGCUCCAUGACAUAAGCGUAGUGCGGCAGAGGCGUUACCAAUUUAAUCAACUACAAAUUUUGCAAAAACAGAAAUCCAGUGAUAGUGAAAUCGAUUUCACACAACUACCAACAACAACAAAAGUUGUGACAACAACAAAGAGCACUGACAUCGAUAGGGAAGUACAUGAAAUGACAAUAUUACGAGCAGUCAGUACAAAUUCACACCAAAACUACGAAGAUCAAAAAUUGUCUACCAAAAAAAAUAGAUUCUCAUACAUUGAAUCAGAGAAGAACAAUAAAAAAUUCGUAAAUUUGGAUGGCACUAUAUUGACAACAGAAGAGUCUACGCUAAUACCAGCAAAUAUCAUACGUUUCCGUCUGAAAAAUGAGAAGGGUUAUAACGUUCCAAAGGAAGAUAAACCAACUAUUUUCAGAUUUCUCAAUACCAUUUAUUCACAAAACCCACAAGAAACGACAACAAGCAAUUUUGCUAAAGUGUCUCCAACUAUACCUCCCAUCACACCUUCAAUGCCGACAUCUGCUAUGGCUGCCAUGCGCACCACAGUGCAGGAAAAUGGUUGCUAUUCCACCUCAUUGCAAAUGUGUCGUGGAGUUUUGGACUACGAUUUGACUUAUAAUGUGAGUGCAGCAGUAACUGCUGCUGAAGCCGAUGCUUACCAAAGAUUAAUCUACUCCAAUUGUUCGUUGCGUGCCGUGGAAUUUAUUUGCGCCGCCUUAGAGCCUGAAUGUCGUCCUAAACACAUUGGCAUACUUAUGCCCUGCCGCAGAUUCUGUAAAGGAAUAUUGGAAGCUUGUUCAGAAAUCAUUGCCAAUUCAGAUACACUGACAGAUACUUUUGACUGCAAUCGUUAUCCAGAUUCUAGUGAUGCACAUAAAUGUGAAGAUUCCACUCGACGACGCGGUUUUUGUUACGAUAACGAGUUUCAAUGUCUUGAUCGUACAUGUAUACCACAACAAUGGGAAUGCGAUAAUAUUAAGGAUUGUUCCAGUGGAGAGGAUGAGAAUAACUGUCUUAUUUGUGAUCGGCAGGAUGAAUUCCGUUGUCGAUCAAAUGAGAAAUGCGUUUCGGAAUCAGUACGCUGUGAUUUAAAGUACGACUGCUUCGAUGGGUCAGAUGAGGAGUAUUGUGAAGAUAUUGGUUCAGGUGAUGAACCGUUAUUCAAUGAUACUUCAUCUGAUUUAUUUAGCCAGAUCUUUAGCUAUGCCAGUUUUCUGCCGCCCAAUGAUACAAACAACAAUCUUUACACAUACAUAACAGCAACAACAAAAAAAGACUCUGAAGGUGAUAAUAAAUUUGAUACAAGCAACAUUCAUAAUCGGUCUAGUAGCGUAGCCGACGAGAUAAAUAAUAAUGUACCGAGCGAAGAUGGAAAAGUAUUUGUUAAUUUUCGAGAUAGUAAAGAAAUUAUGAUGACUAGCGACUCGGAAAACAAACUUAAAUAUUCCGCGGCGAGAACGAAUAGAACGUCUUCGAAAACGUCGACAAAUACGACGCCCUUACAACCCGCAGCGUCUGUGCAAAUAGCGGUAACUACCGAUGCACCCAAAAUUCCGGUUGCCACUUGCAGUGAUCAGCAGUUGCGAUGUGUAAGCGGAAAAUGCAUAACUGUGCAACAGAUUUGUGAUAAGAUAAUGGACUGUCCCGAUGGUGCCGAUGAAUUAAUGUGCGUAUACAAAGAACGUCGUACCACCACAACUCGUUACACCAUCUCUGAGCCAACAACCACGACGAGAAGUUCGAAGCGAACAAUGCGCACAACAACCACUAAAAAGAGAGUCACCACUUGAAGGCGAAGUCUAUUAUUACCACUUUUGAGGAUUUUGCGAUUUUUCAAUUAUAAUCCCAGCAACGUAGAUACAUUAAUUUACUUAUGCGAAUAUAUAUAUUUAUCUGUGGUUACUUUUUUAUUGUUUAUAUUUUUAUUUGUAAUUGUAUUUUGUGCUAGUUUUAAUGUAUGCAUUUUAAUGAACGGUUAUAACAAGUAUCGAAAUCCUUAUUUGAAGAGCAUCAUAUCCGAUUAGUAUGAGAAGCUGCUUAUCCAUAUAUGUUAUAUAUUUGAACAUUUUAAUGCUGUUGUUAUAUAUCUACGUCAGCUAUAAGUAGAAUCGGAGACUUACGCAUAUAAGCAUUGAGUAUAUACAUUUUCU